GCACUAGACGAGAUAUCAGAAUCCUAACGAUAUAGUGAGAGAGGAAGCAUCAUCCGACGAACAGUACAAUGUUAUUGAGCUCCUCGCCAUAGUUGUCAUCGUCGUCGUUUUCUGCGGAUUUUGUGUAAUAUUCAAAAUGUCUACCAUCGGUGGUACCACGGCCGAGGCCUAGUGGGCUAGACGGGAUCUUGCCGAGUGUGUGUUGUUCCGGAACCGAUCUGUGUGGUGCUCCGGUUCGAUUUUAUUGUUUGAAGUGUCGCGGCCCUAAAGCGAUGAGUGGAAAUAAUUGUGUCGUUGUUGGCUAGUCUACAGGACCCCAGAGCAAAAGGGAGGUUCUGCUGUGCACUAUUGUCCUUCCCUCACAUCUCUGUGUGUGACCUAAAGUGGAACUUACCAGGAAUCGCUUCCGUCGCGUCCUCCGUGUUUGGUUUCGCGUUUCGUCGUGUCGUUUCCGUUUUUGCGUGUGUUCGGUGGAUUCUUUUGGGGAUUUUUUCUCGGUGAGUCCUUAUAGUCUGCUUCCGGAUUUAUGAGGGAUAUAAGGUAUGUGAGAGUGGAUGCACAAGGGCCCCAGAUUUAUCCCUUCGAUAUUAAUCGUUCUUCCGAUAUUGAUCCGGAACAAAAGAGCCGCAGUGGUUAUGCAGAUUAUCUAAGAGCCGGAAUCAGUGAAGCACAAUUUUCACCGGAGAUUGCGUAGAGUUGUGGUUGGUUCUGUGCAGUUCAAGGACCAGAUUUGACUGGGCAUUUUAUGAAAAAGUCAAGGCUAUCCUCAGUGGCCGUCAUUGUGCAAUUUUGUCCAGCUCCGGGUAAGUGUAGUGGGCCCAUCUCAUAGAUCUGAAUGCAAUUCGGGAGUCAAUGGCCCUUCCUUCCCUAGCUUCGAAGUUAGCUGCAUUACGAUGUGGGAGCGUGUGUGGAAUGGAAGAUGCUGCUUGAUGCCCCAGCAUCCUCCGCGGUCGUAAUCGGGAAAGUGGUAAUCGAAUUAAAGCCGAGGGCCGGAUCUCUCGAGAACCACCCGCCUCAGCAUUCAGCCUGCAUCAGUCAGAUCAGCGGAGUUUAGAAUGCCAUAAAAAACAUCAGAAGUGGGGCGGCGAGAAAAAAAAAACACGAAAAAUCAAUAUUUACAACACAUCAGUGGAAGAGCGUGACGAGUGAGAGAGAGUGAAAGAGCGAAUUUGUGGAGUGAAGUGGAAAAGCAACCACAGGCAGGAAUCAAACGGAAAAGCAACCAAGAGGGAUUCAAACACCCCGAAGAGAGUGCAAAAAGCGAGCGAUAACAAAACAGAAAAGAUUAGUGAAUUUGUACGGGCGUGUGUGGUCGAAAAGAAGAAGCACAAAGCAAAAUUGCUAACCCAGCCAGGAGCUGCAGAAAUAUGAUGAUGAUGAUAAGCCGAUAGCGAAGAGAGAGAGAACGAGCAUAGAUUUGAGAUAAGGAAAUUUCGGGUGCAAUAGAAGCUUGGAGAAGUAGGCAAAAGGUGAAGAAUAUGCGACAAAAGUUCUGUGAUUAAUGAUAGUGAAAGCAGUUGUGUUAUGUUGUAUCGUAUCAGCAAAUUCUGAGCAAGCUCAAUCAAGUUUGUUUUGUUGAGCCUCCCGAGGAAAAAAAGAAUACAAAAAUAAUUAUUUUUGUGGAAAAAGUUGUUUGGUUUGUUCUGUUUUGCAUAUUCGGGGGUAGUGGUCAAGAAUUUCAACCCACUUCCAAAGAAAAAAAAGCCCGCCAGUAAGCGAAAGUGACCGUUUUGUGUAUUUGAGCCGAAAGAGAGGUUCUAUUUCGGGAAAGAAAAAAAACCAGGAUCGGUGGUUGUCAGUUCAUUCAUUUCGGUGUUGCACGGGUUUUCGUGUGGUCGAAGAGAAGAGUUUCCGAAGAGUGGAGGAGGAACGUAACAUAAUCCACAGUAAUUUAUUGGUUAUUGGAGCAGCAGCAGCAGCAGGAGAUCGACAAAGAAGAUUGUUCCAGAAAAUAUACGCCAUCUAGACCUAGAAAUAAUCACUUUCUUCUCGUAGCCGGUAGUGAUUUAUAUAUCAAAAUAUUAGAAAGAGUGCUGAUAAAAAAAUCAAAUGCAAGUUUUAUCAUUCCAUUAGAAUCUUCAACAUUUGCUCUACAUACAUAGCCUUAGCCUUAGGAGGAAAAGUGUGAAUACUACAAGUAGUCUUGCAUUUAAAAAUAUCUAAAGUAAUAGUGCUUUCACAGUCAUGUAAUUUUACUUACAUACACAAAUAAGUAUAUAUCAAGAGUUUUAUAACGCUUACAGGGAAGUAGCGCAAAUAUUAGAGAAUACACAUACUUCCCGGAAAUGAGGAAGUCAAUCUAGAAGAUUGCAUUCGAAGAAGAAAAUUACUCCAACCGAUCCUAGAUCAAAAUCGGUCGGUUUCGCCAAAAAUAAUCCAAACAAAAUAUUUGGAACACACUGAUUCAAAAAAAAAAACUGAUAGUCAGCACCGGCUUCUUCCAUUUUUAAAAGAUACAAACAUGUUGUCGUCCUGGUCGUCAUCAUCAGCGUCGACUCUAACGUCGGCGUCGGCGUCGUCGUCAUCAACCCGGCGUCAUCAUCGCCGGCACCAGCUUCCAAUAGGAGUUGGUGGCCUAACCGGACAGAUCCUCGUUGCGUUCGUUGUUGUAACUGUGUUUGUUGUUGGGAACCUUUGUGCCUGGCAGGAGAACGUUCGACCGAAACUCUACGUGUCACUAGCCGACGAGGAGUACCUGAAAUUCCAGGGCAACGAAUCGACAAUCGACUACUUCAAACUGGUGCUCCGAGAUGCCGCCACCAAUAGCCUUCUGAUUGGGGCGAGAAACAUCGUCUACAAUCUUAGUAUAUACGAUCUGAACGAGCAGACGCGACUAGUCUGGUACUCAUCGGAAGAUGACAUCAAGAUGUGCGUGAUGAAAGGCAAAGAUGAGGACCUUUGUCAAAACUACAUCCGAGUGAUGGCGCUGCCGUCGCCGGGAUCUUUGCUCAGUUGUGGUACAAAUGCGUUCCGGCCAAUGUGUCGGGUGUACGGCAUCAAUGGCAACAGCUACACGAUGGAGUCUGAAAAGCCUGGCCAGGCCGUGUGUCCCUACGAUCCGGCUCAUAAUUCAACAGCAGUUUAUGUUGAUAACGAACUUUACUCCGGAACGGUGGCUGACUUCAGCGGUCUUGACCCAAUUAUCUACCGGGAACCGAUGCAGACCGAUCAAUAUGACAGCCUGAGCUUGAAUGGCCCUAAUUUUGUCGGAUCGCUCACGCACGGAGAUUUCGUCUACUUCUUCUUCCGGGAAACGGCCGUCGAGUUUAUCAACUGCGGGAAGGCCAUCUUCAGUCGAAUCGCCCGGGUAUGCAAAUGGGACAAGGGAGGUCCUCAUCUGUUCAAGAAUCGAUGGACGACCUAUCUGAAGUCUCGGCUGAAUUGCUCAAUGCCCGGGGAUUAUCCGUUCUACUUCGACGAAAUCCAAUCGGUGAGCAGUCUGGUCGAGGGUCGGUAUGGCCACGGGAAUUCCAAGCUGAUCUACGCCGUGUUCACAACGCCCACCAACGCCAUUGCGGGUUCGGCUAUUUGUGCAUUCUCACUGCAGGAUAUUGCCGACACGUUCGAGGGAAACUUCAAGGAGCAGAGCGCCAAGACGUCCAAUUGGUUACCUGUUAACCCAUCGAAGGUUCCCGAUCCGCGGCCCGGUUCCUGCCACAACGAUUCCCGCACCCUGCCGGAUCUGACGCUCAACUUCAAGAAAACCCACUCGCUGAUGGACGAGAACGUGCCAACAUUUUUCGGUUCGCCACUUUUGACCCGCGUCAGUACAAUGUAUCGGUUCACUGCCAUUGCGGUUGAUCCGCAAAUCAAAACUCCCGGCGGCAAAACCUACGACGUGGUCUUCGUUGGAACAGACCACGGAAAAAUAAUCAAAACCGUAAACGCCGAAUCGGCCGAUUCGAACAAGAAGGUGUCGUCGGUCGUGAUCGAGGAAAUCGAUGCCCUUCCGACGAGCGAACCGGUGCGCAGUUUGGAAAUCGUCCGAACCAUGCAGUACGACACGCCAAAGGACGGAAGUUAUGAUGAUGGAAAAUUAAUUAUAGUCACCGAUACAACCGUGAUAGCGAUUAAAUUACACCGUUGCAGCAGUGAAAAGAUAACAAGUUGCAGUGAAUGCGUGGCCCUGCAGGAUCCGUACUGUGCCUGGGACAAAAUCGCGGGAAAAUGUCGAUCCCACGGUGCCCCGAGAUGGUCCGAGGAGAACUACUUCUACCAGAGUGUGGCCACCGGAGAUCAUGCGGCCUGCCCGUCCGGCAAACAUUCCAAGGACGGGAACGUCGAGAAGCAGGGAUACCGAGGAGACAUCGAUUACGAUCCCCAGCGGCCCAGCAAGGAUCAGCCGGGCAACGACAUGAUCAGCAUCAUGCAGGAUAAGAACGGAUAUGACGACAAAAAUGGUCCCCAAAUUACGCCGGACCUGAUCAAUGCUCAGUACACUGUGGAAACACUGGUGAUGGCCGUCCUCGCCGGAGCCAUCUUUGCGCUACUGGUGGGCUUCCUUACCGGAUAUUUCUGCGGCCGUCGCUGCCAUAAGGACGAGGACGACAAUUUGCCCUACCCGGAUACGGAGUAUGAAUACUUCGAACAGCGACAGAAUGUUAACCGGAUACAAACCGAGCCGAAGCUACUUCCACAGGUCGAGGAAGUGACCUACGCCGAGCCCGUACUAUUACCUCAACCAUCUAGUCAGAAUAAGAUGCAGCAUUCGCCAAAAAAUACGUUAAGAAAGCCGAUGGGCCACCACCACGGGGUCAAUUCGGAAACCUUAUUCCAGUUCCAGCCUGAUGGCUACAACGCUCGUGAUAACUACCGGGGUCGCGACAACUUCGGUACCCUCCGCUCCCACCAAGGUGAUAAUUAUCGCCGAGGUGACGGAUUCUCAACAACAAGAAGUGUGAAAAAAGUAUACCUCUGAGACGGAAACGGGGCGGCUGAGACCAGCCAGGGACUGAUCAAUCAAAAUAUGCACUUUUAUAUAGGUCCUUAAUACUAAUACUCGUAACAGAAGUCUCGGCCGAAUGAAAAGGCAGCCGCCCCGACAUGGCAUAGCAACACAACAUCGUUCCGACAGUCCACACAAUUCCAGUUCCGGAUCUUCCCCAGUCAUGUCCAACAGUAGUUCUAGUCCGGCGCCUCCCUCGAGCAGUCCUAGUCCACAAGAGAGCCCAAAAAACUGUAGCUAUAUUUAUAGAGAUUGAUUAUUAGAAAAGCCCCAGCAGCCACCAGCGUCGUCUUUACUAUUUGAAGCAACGGCAGCAGCAGUAGCAGGAACAUCCUAUCAGAAUCCACCAGCAGCCCCUGAAAGUAGUCGUCAUCAUUUGCCGUUUUACGGGGAACCGUCGUCCUCAACAGCAGCAGCAGCAGUAAUUCUACGUGAUAACAACCACGGUAACAACAACAGUAACAGAUUAAGCCAGUACAGCAACGGUAGCAUCGAAGCGAACCGGAAACUGAACCGCCUCUCGACGUCUUCCUCGCUUUCGAUCAUAACGCCACCCACGACGCCGAAACGCCCCGCAGGUCGGCUCAAGUUGGCCCUCAGCGCCUCGUUGGCCCAUAAUUUUAACCAGAAGCUAGCCAACCUGAACGACCGCUGGAACGAUUUCAGUUU